AUGGCUUUUUUUAACGAAUCCAAUUCUGCUUCGGCUGACAAAUGCUCAGCUAAAAAUAACAGAAGGAACGAGAAAUCUUCCUCCGCGACUGGCGCUGGAAAGAAGAGCUCCGGUGGCCUUAACUUCCGAAGAUUCUUUUUCCCCUCCUGCUCGGUUGCACUCCUCGUUGUCGCCAUUUAUAUGUUGCUACUAAAAAUAACCCCCCUGGACAACAAGGUGAUGGCUCAAAUACAAGCAAGGAAUUUAUCCGAGUUAAAUGAAAAUAGAUGUUUCAGAAAAAGAAACUCAGAUAAAAAUGCAAGUUCCUCCGAUUCUGAUUCUGAUGAUGACGCGUUAUCUGGAUUUGAUGAAAUCGAUUUAGGUGAAAAUGAAGAAGAUGACGCUUUUGAUUCAGAUAAAUCUGUUGAAGAAAAAUAUGAAGAGAAAAAUGACUUAAUAAAUGCUGACUUGCCUAAUUAUAACGAACCCGAAAUGAUAUUUGUCAGCGAUGUGACACAAGAAGAACUAAACGAACUGAUCAAUAAUAUGGAAGAAUUCCCAUCAAAGAAUGAAAUUAUCAAAAUGUGGAAGCGUUCAUAUGCUCUUGAAGUACAAGGAUUUUACGAAAUGAUAAAUGGUUUAUUCGAAUAUUUCGAAGAGUUAAAGGAAAAACAUCAAGUAGAAGAAGAACAUGCUAGCACUCAAUGGAGUAAUGUCAUUUCCAUUUUUUAUAACAUUCUAUCAGAAAGGGAGGAAUAUUACAUUAAACUUUUCUACGGCUUCAUCAUGAAAGAUCAGUUGAGCAAAGAGGAAUUUGUGAAUUUCUUGAACAAUUGUAAGAAGGAGACUGCUGAAUUGAAAGAAACAUUAAUCACCUUGGGAAAGGGCGAAUUGGAUGCAGAAAUGAUUCCAAAAAAAAAAAGGAAAUUAAAAAUGGUAUUUGUCAACUGA